AUCAGUCACAUCUAUAAUAAGGACAGAUAUUCUCUAGACCGUGUCAGUCAUUAAGUUGUAUGUUGUUUCUGAAAGCAAUAUUUUGUUUGAACCAAGGGAUUUGCUCUGUAAUCAACAUAUUUAAUUUUAUUACUGUGUUCUCAUUGUUGGACUUAAAAUGACUGUAUCAAACAUGAUUAACAAAAUGUUGUGUUAAUGUGAAGCGGGAUGUGACCUCCAUCUUGUAAUCCAUACACACUGACGUUGGUCUACUUUGCUGGGGCUUAAUCAAACUGCCCUGUGAGGGUGCUGUCCUGUUGAGGUCUGGCAGCCAGCUGACUAAGGGUUGCCAAAAUGACAUCAGUAUUAAAAUCGACAUGUUUUCUACAAUGUCAGUAUCUUCCAACUCGUAACCAAGCGUAUUUCUUAAUAUAUGUAUGGCUGCUCCAAGUGCACAUAAUCAAAGGAGUAUUUUUGAAUUAUGUUCCUGAACAAGGUGCAAUAGAGGUCACAGAAGAUGACCUAGAGGAGUUCCAAGAACAAGAAGUACUUUCGUGGGCCGUUAAAAUCAAAGGAAAUGCGCACCGCAAAGAACAAAAUAGAACUGACUUGGACGAAAAAGCAGAAUUGAUUUCAUUAGAUACAGGAUUACUUAAUUACGGCCAAGUCGGCGAACUUGCCGAACAUUAUUUAUUUGUGCACGAAAACUAUAACCAGUCUUUGAAUCGUUCUCUUGAUUCUGAGCAGACGGCCGUUAUACGUGCUGAAGUUGAGCAAGCGUUACAGGAACACGAAGAGAUAUUAUGGUUUAUACAACAAGCUAUACGUAAAAGAACUAAAAGAGAAUUCCAUGAUCCGGGCUAUGUACGGCAAUGGCAUCUGCACAAUCACCGAUACCCAGAAAUGGAUAUAAAUGUUACUAAAUUAUGGGAGUACAAUAUAACCGGAAUUGGGGUUGUGAUUGCUGUUAUAGAUGAUGGCUUAGAAUGGAGUAAUCCAGAUAUAGAACCUAAUUAUUGUCCUGAAGGAAGUUGGGAUCUGAAUUCAAACGAUGCAGAUCCGUCACCUGAGUCCUCUGAUGAUGGGACAAAGAACCGUCAUGGAACGCGCUGCGCCGGAGAAAUUGCAGCCGCCGCAAAUGACUUCUGUGCAGUAGGAGUUGCAUUUAAUUCUCGCAUUUCAGGUGUCAGGUUAUUAGAUGGACCGAUGACUGACAGUCUGGAAGCCACAGCGUUUAACAAAUUUAUGCAGACUAAUGAUAUAUACAGCUGUAGUUGGGGUCCAGAUGAUGAUGGCAAAACCAUUGAUGGUCCGCAUCCAUUAGCUCAGACUGCCCUCAAGCAUGGAGUCUCUGUUGGCAGAAAGGGAUACGGUUCGAUAUUUGUAGUGGCAAGCGGGAAUGGCGGCAAGAACAAAGAUAACUGUAAUUUUGACGGCUAUGCUAAUUCCAUAUAUACUGUUACAAUUGGUGCUAUUGAUGAGAGGGGUCGCAUGCCAUAUUACGCAGAGGAAUGUGCGGCUAUGCUUGCUGUCACGUUUAGCAGCGGAAGUGGAAAUCUCAGGAGCAUAGUUACCACUGAUUGGACAUCUGCUCAGGGGAAUGGCUGUACAAACGCACACACUGGAACGUCAGCUGCUGCACCCCUGGCUGCCGGAAUUAUUGGCUUAAUGUUGCAAGCUAGGCAUUGCCUCACAUGGCGAGAUAUUCAACACAUUAUAGUCUUUACAUCAGUGAAGGUUGAUGAGGCAAAUGCAGAUUGGUUCAUCAAUCGAGCUGGUUUUCAUCAUUCCCACAAACACGGCUUCGGGCUACUCAAUGCCUGGCGUCUAGUAAAUGCUGCACGGGUCUGGCCACCCGUCCCCUGGAUGACAGCUAUCUCUUCCUCUUCGCAACGUGUUAACAUCAAAAUCCCCGCAAAAGGGAAAGUAACACAGACAUAUCUUGUGAGUCAAUCAGAUGCGGAAAAAGAGGAAUGUGCAACUGUGGAGCAUGUGGUUGUCACGGUUACCAUUUCACAUAAGAAGAGGGGUGAUCUAGAGAUGGUGUUAUUUUGUCCAACUGGAACCAAGUCAGUUAUUGGUGCUAGAAGAAUUAAAGAUCUUUCCAGUGAUGGUUUUAAAGACUGGAGUUUUUCAACAGUAAGGUGUUGGGGUGAAAAACCAUUUGGAGCUGUUUUUUUCUGUAGUAAAAAGGCUGCAGGGCUCAAAUGCAAUUUGAAUGGAUUAAUUCAAUCUUAUGUGGAAUAA